AUGCAUUAUUUGAACCCACCAGCUGAGACAGUCCCUGCUGCGCAGCCAUCAUCAACUGCAACAAAAAAUCGUCGUUGGUUUUCGAAAGUUCCAUUAAUUGCUUUAUGCUGUCUCGGGAUACUGGGUUUGCUAUUAGUUGCAACUAUUGUUUUAGCCUUGAUACCUGUGUAUCUACCAAAACGUAGUGGUGAAACACUGACAGUUCAAUGUAAGUCAGAGACUACAUAUUCCUUAUGAUGGGUAGUAAUCAUCCUCGAAAGAUUUGUGUGUUUGCUAGGGAUGUUCGUCGCACCAGUUGAUAUUAACACAUCGAAACAUAGAACGAGCAGUGUUCGUGCUAUAUUUUUUCAGAAAAAGGUUGAUUAUUCCUAAUUUUAAUGUCCUUUUCCAACACCUGCAGAGCAAGGAACCUUUUUUAGUCCUCAUUUUUUUCAAUCUGUCACCUGUUUGUCUCGGCCAGUAUGUAUUAAUCAUCCGCUGCAACUACUAGUUACUACAGUUUUAUCAGACUGAUAAGUAUAGGGUGAAAGACAAGAAUGAUUUUGUCCUAAAAAUAGGGGGAUGUCAGAGUUCCUGCAAUUCAGCUAUUCUACAGAAUUCCAUAGAAUUGUGUAGUAAGGUAGAAUUCUAUAGAAUUCUAGGUUAGCAACUAUGUCUCUACUAACGUAGAUUUCUAUAGAAUUCUAUGCAUUUUCGCUUGACUCAAACUUGGUCAGUAAUAAAUGUAUCUCUACUAACGUAGAAUUCUAUAGAAUUCUACCUUAGUACACAUAUACAAUACAUUAGCCGAGUGGGAGACAAGCGGAAAUGUAUAGAAUUCUAUUGAAUUCUACGUUAGCAUAGAUAUACUUUUUAUUGACCAAGUUUGAUUCAAGCGGAAAUAUAUAGAAUUCUAUAGAAUUCUAGGUUAGCAACUAUGUCUGUCAGUAAGGGGACACCUCCUAUAUCCUGAUCGGGAUAUAGAAAAAAAGUAGUAUCCCGAUCGGCAUAUAAAACACGAAAUUUCGUCGUAAAAGCGAUUAAGGGGAAAAUGACGACAUUUUGGGGUAAAAUUGACUUCACCAUUAGAAAGAGCUUGAAAAACUACAUUGGAUUCUGUUGUGUUUGAUCAAAAACAUAUGUACUUUCUUUUACAGUUUAUUUUACUCUAACUAGUAACUUGGACUUCGUUAUAACAGAAAUUU